AUGAUACUACUUUUGCUGGUUGCCUUCGCUUUUGUCGGUUGUGACGAGAAUGUAACGGGUGAGUGUGAACUGGACACAUGUGGUAAUUCGAUUCAACUUCGCAAUUUCGUAUUUACCAUUCAGAUGCGGAUUCAGAUGACAUAUUAACGCUGUUUCUUAUGGGCGAUACCCAAUUUCAUUUUCCGUGCGAAGAAGAUAAUGUGCAGUGUAAGCUGGCUUCAAAGAGACCGCGUACUCUUUUCCAUUUAGACAGUGUUCGUUCAUAUUUCCAGAAAGCCAAGAGAGCUCAUAACUCUCAAAUUUCAGAGACUCGAAUUCUUGCCGGGUGUCGAAGUGAACGAAACAUUGCGACUCGGCAAAGAGUCGUGCACUAAAAUAGAAAGCAGAUUUGCAAAUCGCGUACAAAGACAGGCGCUUGACGCUCUCAUUAAGAGCAUGGAUUAUAAACCAGCUGCUCUCAUCAUUAAUGGAGAUUUGACCGAUUUUGGGCAUCUUCAUCAGUUGAACGAAUUCAGAGUGAAAGUUCAUUAGGGGGCUUGUGAAUCACACUUGUUUUCAGCAAUACUGGUACAACAACUUCUCGAUUCCAUUUCUCCUCGGAUUAGGAAACCAUGACUACCAGAACAACAUAAAUGACUGCGCGCUGAACUUUUGUGCCCACACAAUGCUGUCAUGGUGAGCCGGAACUGAGCCGGAACUUUUGACAAAAUAUCAUUAAUCCUCUAUUCCAGGUAUACUGAGUAUGUGAAAAAUCAUUCUUUGGUGGCUGAUAUCGAACGGAAAACUGUUAAAUUUGAUGUUCAGUUCACUGGCAGUUUAGCAUAUACGGAGAGAAUUUGCUCUGCUUCUGGUAUACUUUUGUUUUGUUUGAAAAAUAUGAAUUUAAACCCAACCUUGAAGUUAACAGGCAAGCGUUGCGCUUUUGUGAUCCAACUGAACAAUGCUGUCGACUACAGUGUAUCUUUCACUUCGCUUUUUGUCAAAUGGAACUUAUCAUCUCCGAUGAAAUAUGUCCACAAAGAACUUGACCUUCUCGGGGUGAAAACAUGAUCACGUGAUCACGACGCGUCUUUUUUUUUCAGAGUACCUCUCUUCCAAUACUUCUGAAUAUGCACAAGUGCGAGAACAUGCAUAUUCAUAAGGUCAAAAUGAUGUUAACUCGUUGGUUGGCAGGCGUGAAAGCGACUAGUGAAUCAAAUCAGAAAGUUCCGCGCGUCGGAGUAUUUUAUGCACAUAUGCACCAAAGACAUGAAGUGCACAUUCAUUGUAUUGAAGGGUACAAAGUACCGUUCGUUUACGUUGGAAGUGUUCCGAACAAUCGGUAUAUCAGAAAUAGACACUAACAUUGAGAAACACUUUGUUUUCAGUUUUUCCGUGUUCAACUUCAACGGAACAUCUGCUACGAUCACCGGUUACAAAGCAAGGGACAACUUGUUUCACGAUGGCGAACUUCUGGAGAAACUGGAAACGGUCGACUUAUGGGGACCAUGCGAGAGCAGCGAACAUGUGAUCUUCGCUGAUCACGUCACAAGGAAACGUUGGCUUCACAUCAGAAAUAUCCGUUACCAAGCUUUCCUCAAUGGGAAAUCGACUCCGGGAAAUCGCUAA